UGACCCAUCUUUAAUGCUGAAAUUGCUUAACUGGGAAAGGGAUUUCCACAAGAUGUUUACUGCGCAGAUUCUCUAGAAAUAUUCGGACUAUUACAAGGCAUUUCUACAGGACCCCCCAAAGCCAAGAAGAUGCGUAAAACGAAGGCUACUUCGCUAAAGCUGAACGAUAUUUAUCAAAGGAUCUACAAGAAGAAGCCGGAGACGCUCCAUGAAGCCGAAGCUGACGUCAAGAUGCUAUUCUUGUCGGCCAUUGCCACCCCGCAAGAAUUUUUAAAUUCGGUCGACCGUAAUGCAGUGCCACUGAAGAAAAUUCCAAAAUGCUGGUAACAAUGUCCUUCCAUGAUUGUGCAAAUUCAAGUGCUGAAAUGUGAGUUAAUUACCUAUUUGUGGUGUUGGAAAUUUUUACUAGUUCGUGAUCAAGAAACACAGAACUGUCUUUUAAAAAAAAAAAUUGUGAACAUGACAUAACGCGAUGCAUUGAAUUUAAAAUGCGAAUAAAUUCAGAGUUUUUGUUAAUUUGUCUUCCAGUCAUCUCAUGUUAGUUAAUAGAUUAAUCAUCUUUACUUGUCGAGUAGGUAACUAACUACAUUUGUGUCACCAUGUUGCGGCUGUCGUUUCUUUUUAAAGUUUAUAGUUGAGUUAUUGAGUUUCGGAGUACACAUCGGCAUAUUUGCACCUGCGUCUUUCUCAACACAGAAACCUUUAAGGACACAAUGUGUUCUAGUCUUGUUAACUUGUACUAUUUUUCAGUAGCCACACAGUCGUUGGCGUAACAAGUUUAAAAAAUGCAGAUGUGCAAAAUAGUUCUUAUAGGUAUGGCUGUCAUUUGUUUAGCUACGGAAAUCUUCAGCCAGAGAAUCGCGCUCAUUUGUGACGAUGAAAUGGACUCGCUCCGUCUCGGUCGCCAAACCUGGGCAUCCAUCAUUGAUGACUUCACUUGUCCAACCUCCACUAGCUUCACGGUUUUCCAGAUUUCGAAUGAUACAGAAAUGCUUGUCAUAUUAGAGAAAGUUCGUAAAUUUGACGGUGUAGUUGUAGCAGCUACUAAGUGCCAAAUUUAUGAUUCCGUCGAGUCAUCAAUGAAGAAUUCACCAAUAAUACCAUUGCUCAGUUUGCAUUUCUCACCGUGUCCAGCAGUUGCCGGAUCGCACACUGAGCGGCUUGACCUUUAUCGGUUGAAUGACACCAAUCGAGAUACUUGCGGCAGCUUUGCAUUGAGUGUGUGGCUGGAACAUCGCAUCUGUUCUUCGUUCAUGGACAACGACACGAUUCGUUUGCUGCUGGGCAAUAAUGUAACACUCGAUGUGAGCAGAGAACUACAAGACUGCAGUGGCCUCAAUGAACUUCAGUGGAGACUACAUCGACAGCCAGUCGCGUUCCAGGACAAAUUUACAUCCGAAAGUGCCGAAUGGCAUCGGCAAGUCAACGGAAAACAUUUGAAACUGACAUCACUGGAGCGCCCACCAUUUGUGGUUUUUGAACGCGACUUUAAUGGGGUAAUAACCGGGCACAAAGGAUACUGCUACGAAAUCAUUCACGCCGUGCAAAAGUUCUACAAUUUCACUUAUGAAGUUGUGUUCCCUGCUGACAAGACGUUCGGUAAAGAAUUGUCGAAUGGAAGUUGGGAUGGAAUGAUUGGAGAUAUUCUUGAGCAGAAUGCCGAUAUUGGUUUAGGCCCAUUUUCCGUCACGCACUCCCGCUACAAAGUCGUUGACUUUUCAGUGGGUUUCCACGAAGAAGCUACCACCAUACUGAUUCCUCCGCCGGCGGAAGAGAGUCGGCUUUUAGCUUGCACUAAACCCUUCCGUUCGGAGGUUUGGAUUGCAUUGAUACUUUUUGUAAUAGUGCUGCCAGCAAUCCUCUGGACAUACUUGAAAUUGUUACAGAUUCCUAACCAGGAAACAUCUUCCCCGGCUCUGGCGAAUCAAUUCUUUUUCGUGCUAGGGGUUCUCAUCGGACAAUGUAAUUUAGAUUUUAAUAUCGAACCUUCUUUAUUUUCAUGUUUGUUUGUUAUAGCCGGACAGAGACUCGUUUCAACUGGAUUUUGGUACCGUUUUCUUGGAGCCGUUUGGUGUUUAAGUGCUGUCGUAUUUGCAAGCGCUUACGUUGGAAUCCUCGUGUCUUUUUUGCGAUUCCCUAAAUUAACGCCAAUCAUUAACAAACUGGAAGAUCUGCCUGAAUCUCAAUUGAAAUGGUCUGUGUUGCGCGGAACGGCUUUAGAAUCGCUUUUUACGGAAGCUACAACUGGAGUUUACAAGACCAUUGGAGACGGACUGCUGACUACUCGUGGGAAAGUAGUUGACACCGGAUUGGAUGGAAUUUACGGCGUCAUUAACGGUAGUUACGCAUACAUUGAGGAAAAAUCCUAUCUUGAGUCGGUCGUUGCGGAGGAUUAUAAACGAGAGGGCACCUGUCGUCUUAGUCUCACCUACGAAGAUUUCUUUAAAGUUAAUUUAGCAUUCCCGUUACCGAAAGCCAGUCCUCUAAAACCACUAAUGGAUAAAAAGAUCAUGCAAAUUGUAGAAGCGGGGCUUGGGAACUAUUGGAAGAAAAAGUAUUGGCCGCAAUCAGGUGGUAAAUGUCCUGAUAUUACGCAAUCGAAUGCCGGACCCAAAAGUCUUCGCCUUUCAGACUUGCAAGGCGCUUUCCUCAUUCUAGCCAUGGGAUUUGUAUCAUCUUCCUUCAUCUUUUUAGCAGAGAGAUAUUUUAAUUAUUUUCGUCCAUGUCCACCCAAUCGCCCCGUUUCCUACAUUCGUUGAAGCUGACCCAUAUCGAGCUCGUUUGAUUGGUAUCUGCUGGAACCGAAAUUAGACUUCUUAACUAUUUAGUAGCUAAGACAACAAUGCGUCUAUAGAUGGGUAUUGUGUACUUUUCAGAUAGUCGUCAAUCUUAUGCUGAUUUAUUUCACCUGGAAUUGUUUAAAGAAACUAUCGGAAUACAGUUAUCAUAAGUAGUCAAUAAAUCCGCUAACUGGCAGGUUUGCUAGUAGGUAGAUGUGUCGUUUUGGGUGUUGGGCUUGAGCCUUCUUUAACUUGAACUUGCGGUCACUUGAGCCUAUACUAGGUAGAAUGGACAGGAGAAGAAUGAUUAAAAUUGAAAGCGUUAGACCCAGACCACCCAGUAGCUAUUUUGUAAUUUUCAGACUGGCCAUUUUUCGAGUUUUUGUUUAUCUUUAUUACCUACAAGUGGUUUAAUACAAAGUCACUCUUCAUUUGUC